AUGUCAUGUCCGCCGCCUACGCUGCUGGACACUGCGGAUGAGGACGCACCCGGCGCGGCCGAGCUCCCUGUGCAAGUCGACAGUGACAGCGAUGCCGCGGACGCUGAUGGGCCUGCGGCGGAGUUGGCAGCAGGUGCCCUCCUGCAGGACCAUGCGGCCCCGCAUUUGGAGAAAGUGGUGGAGGCGCUCCGGUACCUCGAUGUCGACGCCCCGGUCAGGGGUGAGCAAGGCGGAUCCCUCAGCUUCGGCGCCUAUGUGCAUGUUCGCGCAGGGGUACGUGCGCUCUCGCGUGUGUACCCCACGCUGACACGGCUACUGACGCGAGUUCUGCGUCACCACUUCCCGGGGGACACCUUCACCACUCUGGUGGUCAAUUUCGACGUUUGUGCUGCCCCACAUCGAGACCAACAGAACUCUUGGUUGCCUAGCCUGCUCCUCCCGCUUACGCAGUUUGUUGGGGGUGGAAUUUGGGUGGAAUCCCCCACCGGAUUGGAGACACGCAUCUUCCGUGGACGACGGGUCCUGGGAGCAGUUGCGCCCUUGCGCGGGCCCACCAGACUCAGCGCGCGCAGCCUUCUGCAUGCCACGGAGCCCUGGCAGGGGUCCCGGGUCCUCCUCGUGGGCUUCCACUUGGCGGGGUUCAGAACGCUUCAGCUGCAAGAUCGAGCCUACCUCCAGCAGUUGGGCUUUCUGUUCCCGGAUGAAGAACAGGAGCGACGGGCGAUGCUGUCUCGGUGGACACCGCAUGGGACGCAGGUUCAACAGGCUCUACCUUGUUCCGCCCCGAAAUGGCCAGUAGGGAAGCUCCGACAUGGUUGUGGGCCCGACGUCUACUACAUCGACUAG